AUGUCGAAAGUUUUUGAAACUAUCCAAAUAGAAUCAGACAUUCCGCAUAAUGGCAAUGAUGAUGGACAACAAUUAAAACAUGAAAAUAUGAUGUCAGAAUAUAGGAAAAUUUUAGAUCGUGAAGUUUAUGAUAAAUAUAAUAAUUUGUACAAGUCUGAUUAUUGUGAAUAUUCUAAAUUAUUUACUGUUUCUGACAAUAAGCUUGUUUUGAUGCGUAUUUUUGAGAAAGAUGAUAAACCAAACUUGGAUGAUAAAAAGCUAAAUGUUCAAAAGCUUAAAAUUGGAAUCUUCGAUUUUAAAACCAGAUGGCUUUAUAUGCCAAAUUUUACUAUACCAAUCGACGUUUCUCAUUCAACUUUUAUGAAAAAUGGGGACAUCGUCAUGAUCAACCUUGGUGUAUCUAAUGCAUAUGUCUUGACUCCAAAAAAAACAGGGGAUUUUUUAGAAUUGAUUUGCAAAUCGACAAUAUCAUUUAAAAGAUCACCCGAUACUAGAGUGUUCGUAACACCCAGUGAAAAAUUGCUUAUAUAUGAUGGUUCUAGAUUUGGAUCUGGAUACAUUACUAAAUGGGAUAUUAAGACUUCAUUAUUUAAGGCGCAAUAUUUUUUGAGCAAUGUUUAUGAAGUUCAUGAUAUAAAACUAAAUUACAAUGAAUCAUUAUUAUUAGUAUAUACAACAAAAUAUAUGGAAAAAAAGGAACCUUUUUUGAGUUUAACAGUCUAUUUAGCUAAUAAUGGAAUGAAGCUAGUAACAUAUAUGUAUCCUGAAACCAAGAUUAUCGACGUAUUCGAUAUAAUUGCAUCAGAAAAUGGAGAGCGUUUACUCGUCAUGUCUCAUGAUAAAGGCGGUCGAAUUAAUUACGAGUUAAGGGAUCCAUACACAUAUGCGGAAUCUAUUGCAGCUGAUAAACUUUUUGAAUUUGGUUCGUCAAAAUUUAAUGCCCCUUGCGUUGUGGCAUUUAAUAAAAUUGUAGGUUUUGUUGAUGGAAAUUUAUCUAUCAAGGAUUUAAUUCAUAAAAAUUGGAUCAAAUACUUACGAGAAGAGCUGAAAGAUUAUAAUAGGAUCACUAUACCUUCGGGCGGAAAAAUAAUUGAGAGUAUGGUUAAUGAUUCUAAAAUUCCGACGAGUAAUGAAUUUUUUGAUUUAACAUGUGGAAAUUUAGUUAAGUGGACUUUGAGAUGUGAUUCAGAGAAAGCUAUUCUUAAAGCAAAAACUUUAGACAGCUCAGAUGAACGAGAUAUUAUUUUAGAUAGAUGGAAAAAUAUGCAAUUUGUAAUGCAAUAUAGUUGUCUUUACAAUGACGAUUUAGCUUUGAUUACAGAUAAAGGUGUAUUUAUUUGGACUUUUAAGACAAGAAUUAAGAAAAUUGUGUUGAUUUAUUAUUAUUCAAAUAAAGGUAAAAAUAUGCAAGAGAUCUUUAAAGAAAGUACAUUUUCAGAUAGUUUUCUUCCAUCACCACACUUUGUUGUGAGCGAUCAAGAAGCAAGUUAUUUGUUUGAAGAAUUAUUGGAAACGUAUGCUAAAGAUGAAUUUUAUUUAAUUAUCUAUGGAAGUAAUCUUAUGACAAAAUUGGUUCAAAUUAACGAAACUAAAUUAAUGGAAAAUUUAUAUAAAAGAUUUUUUGAAAUAAAUUUUAAGAACAAAAAUGAUCCGAAUAUCCAAUUAUUCAGUAUAAUUUCUCAAUCAAUUACAAAAUUAUCAAGAGAAAACUCAAUAUUUGUAACAGAUUUUAUGUCAGAAAUCUCAUUUUUUAUUACUUCUGAUAAAUAUUUUUUAACCCAAAUUUUAGAAAAAGGAACUUCUACAAAUCACUUACGUCAUAUUGGACUUUAUAAUCAAUUAUAUACAUCUUUUUUAGAUACUUUAAUAUAUAAAAUUUUUGCUCAAUUUGAUCUUUUUCUGCAAAUGUUAUCAAAGAUUAAUUUCAUAAGAGCUACUAGAUCCUUCUAUGAAGAGCACUUUGUAGACUUUAAGCACUUUUCUGAUGAACGGAAACUAUCUAAAAAACUUUAUAUUUCACCAAUUCUUUUAAAUGCAAUUAAAGGAGAGCCAAAGAAUGAAAUUCAAGAAAUCGAUAAAUUAAAUAUCUUACAAAAAGAAAUGAAAGAAAUCGAUAAAUUAAAUAUCUUACAAAAAGAAAUGAAAGAAAUGAAAGAGUUGCUUAAAGAAAUAAAAAAUAAAAUAGACCAUUAA